AUGGCAGAGCACUGCGAGAUCUCUGCUGCCAUUGUAGUUGAGGAGAAGUGGUGUGUGCUCAAGGUGGAUGGAUACUCAAGAGCCAAGGCGCUACUCAAGAACGGCGAGUGGAUGACUUCUGCACCUUUCAGCGUUGGAGGCCACGACUGGGCCGUGGAAUACUUCCCAAAUGGUCACCCCAAGGAUUGUGAUCAUUCCAUAUCUCUUUAUCUACUUCUUCAAUCUGCUGGUGCCGAAGAUGUGAAGGCGAAAUACACUUUCAGUGUACUUGACAAGAAUGGAGAACCGGUGCCUUCAUACAGUCGUACCAACAACACUACAGAAACCUUCUCAAAGGAAGUUUCAGCCUGGGGGUACAAUAACUUCAUUGAGAAGGCUGAUCUGGAGAGAUCAGAGCAUCUGAGAGACGAUUGUCUCACCAUCAGGUGCAAUCUCACCGUUGUCCACGACGAAGAAACAAUUGUUCCUCCAAGCGACCUGCACCAGCAUCUCGGCGACCUGCUCAUGAACAAUGAUGCAGCAGACCUCACCUUUCAGGUCGGCGGACAGAGAUUCUCCGCUCACAGGUGUGUCCUAGCAGCCCGGUCAUCUGUCUUCAAGGCGGAACUCCUCGGCGCCAUGAAGGAGAGUUCUUCCGCAAGUCCUAUUGAAAUCAAUGACAUGGAAGCUGAUGUGUUCAAGGCCCUUCUCCACUUCAUAUACACCGACUCGGUUCGUCCAUUUCUUGACGUAGUGAUGGCCGGUCAUCUGCUCGUGGCCGCUGACAGGUACAACAUCGUGAGGCUGAAGCUGAUAUGUGAGAAGAAAUUGUGCUGUCACAUUGAUUCCAAUAUGGUGGCAACCAGCUUGGCUUUAGCCGAGCAGCAUGGUUUCCAUGGUCUCAAAGAAGCUUGUUUUCAGUUCCUUGCUUCUCCGUCCAAUUUGGAAGCAAUGAUGGAAAGUGAAGGUUACGAGCAUCUGAAAUCCAGCUGCCCAUCUGUUCUGAAGGAGCUGAUAGCUAGAAUCCUCCCGGCUGAGCUCAAAGCGGUAAAGAAUAUUAUCAUGACAAUGUGGGAGUGAUGCCUAGAGUACUGUUAUCAUAGAUGUUGUCCAAAUCUUAGUACUGAUCGUUGCAAUCGUUAUACUACUUCUCCAGUAUGGUUUCAUGCAUGUUUCAGAACAAAAAAAGUUAGUACCAAUCGUUCGGUUUAA